GUUAUUCUGCUAAUCAUUAGGCUUGUCGAGUGCGCGUUGCUGAGACUGCUUGCCUUCCGUUCGGCUUCCUAACGAAAUAUUUUACGAUGUCUGAGGAUCUUGCCCAGCACGUAUUCAUCAAGUAUGCAUCGAUUGGCAAGACAGGGAUCACGCUGGCCAACGCGACGCUGGAUGGGUCAAAGUUUGCGAAACUAUGUCGGGAGAGCAAGUUGAUUGGCGGGGGCCUCACGCCCAUGGACGUGGAGGGCAUAUUCUUGCGUGUCAGCAAAAGCUUCGGAAGAAUCAACUACGACACCUUCCUGCUCGCGCUGGAGGAGAUUGCGGCCAAGAAGCGUGUGUCUGUGGACACGCUGUUUGGGCGGCUGGCCGACGCCGACCCCCUGGCCGCCACCACCAAGGCUGAGUACGUGCGACACCACGAUGACAAGAGUACCUACACUGGCGUGUACCGGGCAGGGGGCCCGCGCAAUCUGGCGGGCGCACGGUAGCAGCGCUCAUUCUGUGGGUUUGUCAGCUUCGACGCUGUGGGCUGUGACCUACACCGUAUCGUUGCCGCAACCGACACUCGUGACGAGGGCCAGAAAGCGGCGGCUUCCGCGGUGGAUACAGGGAUGCAAUUGUGAGCGGUGAGGUAGGGAGGCCACGAAUUACACAUGAGGUCUGACACAUACAACGAUUGCGAGUUUAGGUUCAUGGUGCUCGGGAAGUGCUGCUGCAGUGCUGCGUGAGGUACAAGCACCUGGAGCACAAGUCGAGCUCCAUAUCGUGAGCAUGCUGCUAUCUACAAGUGCGGCAGGCGAUUUGGCUGUGAUGGGACAGGGUAAGGGGCAGGUUGGCGUAGCCCCGUAGUGUGCAGGUGAUUUGUCUGCAAGAUGGCUUCAAUCGUACGUUUGUCUGACGUGUGGUUGCGCGCACGGCGCCCAACUGCACCUGCGUAGACAGCGCAGCGCGCAUGUGGGUGUGGCAGGGUGUGAGUGUGUGCCAUGGGGCAUCAUGGACUGUGCCAUGGGCCUGUGUUUCUGACAGUGACAGCUGUCGGUAGGCGGGCUAUAUACACAGGCAAUCGAUGUGGUGUCCAACAGCGCGGCCGGUUCAGCACAUGGUUAUCAGUUUAUCACUCAGGAGGAUCGGGGUGGGGAAUGGGGUAGCGAUGCUUGCGCUUCAGGGCCUCUGAGCCUCUGAUUGCAAAAGUGCACAAGUGAACUCAGUUGUACGUAAGUGUGUAUGCCCGUUCUCACGUUCUGAAUAACACCACCCGCGGGUGCAAGCCUGCAAGGCUCUGUAGCCCUAGCUGUCAAGUCCCCGUGUGACCCUGUGUGGCUGACUCCCUCUUUCCCAUACGGUAACCCACUUCGCACAGCGGGGGCUGGCCAAAAUUUAUGACGGCUGGGCGUUUAACGCCAGGUGCUGCUGUCCUGUAGUCAGGACCAGGCUGACUAACAACAUGCUUGGAUGGUGAGGCAAAUCCAUUUCCAUGCGCUGAGAGGUGAAGUCCGUUUUUGUCAUGUGGUGGACAGUGGACACAGGCGGCCACGCUCUCAGUAAUGGGCAGACAAGAGUUUACACCUCAGCAGGUAGUUGCCAGCAGCCUGUGCGCCUACCGCCCACGGCAUCUGUCAACGUGCGUGCUAGCCAUGCUCGCCAGCCUCAUCAGUCACCCGGCCUCAAGCGCCCGGCCCCAAUGCAUUGUCCGUUGGCAGGGGCCAUUCCUUGGCCAGUGCCGAUCCCGAACAAAGUGUAUUUUUCCGACGAGAGCAC